AUGAGCAGCAUAACCCGCUGAUUCUGAUUACACUCAUAAGUGGAGCUCUCCGCCUUGCAGUGGUUGAGGAUUAAGCUUUUUACAGAUGCAAAUAAGUUGGAUUGCUGCAGAAAUUUCAUUUGUAGUCCGUCCACUCCGAACGGCUGAAAUUCCAAACCGUUCCUCCGCCUCCCCUCCCACUCGGUCCUCUCGGCUAAUUCUCAUGCAGCGCUGAUGCACAUGACAGUAAUUAAUGGGUUUAUUUAACCGUGGUUCUAACUUCUCACUGAGAAAAUGCUUCACAUCUUUUAUGUGCUGUGUAUUUUUAGAGCUUUCUCCCGUGAUGCCUUGUGUAUCUCAGUGUGUGUGUGUGUGUGUGUUUGUUAAUGUGUGCAAGGACUCUCAAACUGUGUCUUAAUUCAAUCUCUGCUAACACCUCACUCCAUCCCUCGUCCUUAAUCCGGCCAGACUAUUAAAAGGUGGCGCACCUCCUCAGGGGGCUGCAGAAAACGUCUUACUUCCUCAGGAUCCAGCUGUCCAUCCGUAUUUUUCUCCUAAUUUCCACCUCCGCUGCACCACAAGACAUCCCUGUUGUACUUUGCUCUGAGAGGUGCAGGCUCUUUCGCCCGGGUCUUGGAGAAAAGAAAAGACAUCAUCAACAGCCACAGCCAUGAAUGGCACAGAAGGACCCAACUUUUAUGUCCCCAUGUCUAAUAGGACGGGGUUGGUGCGCAGCCCAUUUGAGCACCCUCAGUACUACCUCGCCGAGCCGUGGAAGUACUCUCUUCUGGCCGCGUACAUGCUGUUCCUCAUCAUCACGGCCUUCCCCAUUAACUUCCUCACCCUUCACGUCACCAUCAAGCACAAAAAGCUGCGAACCCCGCUGAACUAUGUUCUUCUCAACCUGGCGGUGGCCGACCUUUUCAUGAUAGUUGGAGGAUUCACGGUGACCCUGUUCACAGCUCUGCACGGAUACUUCAGCCUGGGCGUCACCGGCUGCAACGUUGAGGGAUUCUUUGCCACUUUAGGAGGGGAGAUCGCCCUCUGGUCUCUGGUCGUUUUGGCCGUUGAGCGCUACAUUGUGGUCUGUAAGCCUAUGACCAACUUCCGCUUCGAGGAAAAACACGCCAUCGCUGGCUUGGCGUUCUCCUGGGUCAUGGCCCUGACCUGUGCUGCUCCGCCUCUGUUCGGAUGGUCCCGGUACAUCCCAGAGGGCAUGCAGUGUUCCUGUGGGAUUGACUACUACACUCCCAAGCCGGAGAUCAACAACACCUCAUUUGUCAUCUAUAUGUUUGUCCUCCACUUCUGCAUCCCCCUCUUCAUCAUUUUCUUUUGCUACAGUCGCCUGCUCUGCACCGUGCGAGCGGCUGCAGCUCAGCAGCAGGAGUCUGAAACCACCCAAAGAGCAGAGAAGGAAGUGACACGUAUGGUCAUAGUGAUGGUGAUCUCCUUCCUGGUGUGCUGGGUGCCCUACGCCACGGUGGCCUGGUACAUCUUUGCCAAUCAGGGAGUUGAGUUCGGACCGGUGUUCAUGACGGCACCGGCCUUCUUCGCCAAGAGCGCUGCUCUCUACAACCCAGUCAUCUACAUUCUGCUGAACAGACAGUUCAGAAACUGCAUGAUCACCACAGUGUGCUGUGGAAAGAACCCAUUCGGAGAUGAUGAAGCCGCCGCCGCAGUCUCCAAAACCCAGACUUCAUCCGUCUCCUCCAGCCAGGUGGCCCCCGCUUGACCCCUCACUCCCUCUUCUAUCUGCUCCAUCUGUUCCCGCUCACCAAGGGACCCACCACCGCAGAGCAGCAAUACGUUCCAUUGGCCGAUUCCUCCGGACUCACCUCCUCAGUUGUCCUCGCUGCAAGUUGGCGCUCGUGCUGCAACUUCAGGCAGGCAGGCUCAAUCAAAGGCCAACAUGUUCACUUUCAGCCCGUUUAAUUAUGGAAAGUGUUCAGCUGCUCCUGCAGAUUUUUAACCCGGCGUUAUAGGCUUGUCAUCUUGGUGUGGUUCCAACUGAAUCCCUUCCAGGCCUCCCCCCACUGCUUCAGUAAACAGGUUAUAGGUGAAAGUCUGAUUCAGAGUCACGCUCCCACUAAUAUUUGGAUAAACGUUUCUUAGCAUUUUGCAGAGAAGAUGCACACGUUUUGUAGCCAUGAACAAGCUACUGACAUAAUCCUGGCUGGAUAUUUCACUUUUCCUACCAGAAAGUUUAAAGCUUACAUAAUUGGUUGGAUUCCUGUGUAAUUUCUUUUUAACCAUAGUCCAUCAUUUUUUAACCGUGUUGAGGUUCCAGCUUAAUGCUAGCCUGCUCUGUCCAUCCCCGAUCCAGUUUUGAUGAGUGUUUGGGUUCAUCGUCCUGGUGGAUCACACCAGUGUCUCCAAGUUUCAACCAUGCAGCUGUGGAUUUACGCUGUGGUUAAGGAAUGUCACUGCAGUUCAUCAUCACUGGCAGCGAAACUAACCCUCAGCAUGAUCCUUCCGCCACCAUGCUGGAUAAUUGGUGGAUCCUCUCAGGUUUAAAAGCCUCAGCUUUACUCCUCCGAACAUUUUUCCCCCAUUUGUGAGGUCAAUCAGCUGAAUGUCUGUCUUAUCCCACCCGAAAACAUUUCUCCAGAAGACGAUUGGGUCGUUCAUGCGCACAUCUGCAAAUCUCUGUCAACCUUGAAAGUGUCAUUUUUGGCCGCAUCUUGACAGCAGACACGGACAUUGUUGUUCCAAAACCUUCUAAGAUCCUGUUGUUUAAAACCUUGGUAGUUCUCGGGUCAUUCCUAAUCCUCUCAUUGGAAGUGACCGUUUGGGAAAGAAGGGUGAACAUUAUACACAGUUUCAUGAUCAAAGAGGACAGAGAUACCAAACUAAAACUAUUGUGGAUACUGCUGGGUAACAAUGUCACUGAUUUUAAAUCUGUUGAAAAUAUAUAGACUGUGCAAAAAAGCCAGAUCAGUUCAAGGGAAUAAUAAAUAAAUAAAAUUAUUUACUGUUUCUAGGUAUCAAUUUCACCUAGAAGCGUGGUCUCAUACUCAGCCGUAAUGAUGCCAGAGCUUUAGUAAUGGUCACAAAAAAAACGUGGUUUCUCUGCAACUUUCUACAGGACAUUUCUUGAAAUAUUAAUGGGAUGUGUGUAAAUAUCUGAUCCUUUCUGCACUUACUUGCCCCUGUUUGGAUUAGAUAUAGAUCAAUAAUAAACCGGUCCACCCGACUGUUUUUUUUUUUAAAUCACUGUAUCAUCGUCAACCUGAAAAAAAACCAAAAACACUAGAUGUAAUGCAUAAUGAAAAGCCCCAUAUGAACGUUGCAUUUAUGUCCAUGAUAUGCGCAUGUAAACUUCUGACAGUUUAUGUCCCCAAAUCAGACACUCUGACUAACCAGUUAUGAAAUCCAUAGAUUUAUUUAAGCAUUAAUCUGUUUAAUGUUAUUAGAGUAUCAGAUUAUUCUCUCCUCUGGUCUUUAUGAUGAUAAACCUGGGAGGGUUAGCUUGUACUUUGUCUCAGCCAUGGGUGUGGAGCGAAACUGAAUAAUAUAGUGUGUGUGUGUGUGUGUGUGUGUGUUUGGCAGAUGUUUAUGUAUCUGAAUGGAUGCCAGAAUGUGUAAUGAAGAGAUGUACUGUUUGUUGUGUAGAGGCUAGGAUUUGUGUGUUGCAAUAAAAACAAAGCUGAAUGUCUGCACAACCUUA